GCGCCCUUGACAUGCUGUGUUAAAUCUCCUAUUGACCAAGUCACGAUUUUUUCCAACUCGGUCACCGAUCCUUUACCAUAACAGACCUAACCCGACGAUGUUGCGUCUGGGUGUCCCAAGCCACAACACUGUGAUGCCAUGCGAUACUCAACUCAUCACAUUUAUGCUACUAGACAAUUUGUCCUCCUCAGUGUCACGAAGUACAAGUAAUUGGUACCGUUUCGCACAUGUCUACCUGGGAGAAAACUCGUCGUCCGCUCACCGAUGAUUCCCCAAGCAAAACAGUGUUUUCCCAUGCAGUCGAAGGAACGCCGCAAGUGCUCGCGUUAGCAGACUCUACCCACUGCCACCACUUCGAAAAGAAGCGACCUCCAAUCCCCCGACCUGCUCGCAGGCAAGUACAUUUCAACAAGUCGGUUUUGAGCGAGUCCACCUUCGCAGCAAGGCUCGACAGGAAGAGGGUCAUCAGACCAAUAUGCGUCGGUCGUCUUGGGAAGCCAGUGGAUGGCCAGAGUGCAACACAACAGGCUCUACAUAGCAAGACCGAUACCAAACAGAGAACAACCGACCGUUCGGUGCCCAGACGAGGGAAAGACAGCGGAUCAGCGCACCUCGCACGGAGCUCGGAAUGGUAUGUGAACAAGGAGCCUACUCGAGGUCUUACUGCGGCCAAGUAUCUAGGCUCGCAGACCAUUUGCAACACCCCGCGCGAUGCUCAGGCUUGCGAGUUGCAGCAGCCUUCUUGGCUAUGAUGGAUGGAAUUGCAUAUUUGCUUUGCAUUUCUUGGCUGCGAUCGGUAAGUGAGCUGUGUUGCCAACGAUGGACAGGUAGGAUACGUCUCCAGGACGUCGACGCAGAAGCCGAGUUCCGUUCGCUGUCUUGUCAAGUGCCUCCUCUCCGCUAAAUGUGCUUGGCCACCACUUCCAGAGACUCCAGAGCAGAUGAAGUUUGGCAGGCCGUCGCAUCCGGCCAUGAACCUACUUGUAAGCGAGGGAUGGAGUAAUUGCUGGAUGACAUCGGUGCAUCCCAAAGACACACAGAUGCCACCACCAUCUCGGUCAGCAUACGCAUCAGGUGAAUGUCACGGCAGGUCAACGACACUGCUGGAUGUGUCAACCCCGCUCGUAAGAACAGCGUGGUGGUGAGUUGGUCCGCAGGUACUCCGUCCAGAGUUGGAGGUGUGGCACGGCAACACCAGCAGCCGAAGGAGAUGAAACAGUGCCAGAAACGUCCAAAUCGUUAUCUGUGUGGAGAUGGGCUGAGAGUCGCCAUGGCGGCCCCAAGCCUCGAUUUGGGUAUGAGCCAAUGGACAGUCUGUUGCUUAUCUCGCCCAGAUUUGUGUAAUGUGCCUGGCGAAGUCGGAGCUUGGGGCUUAUGCAACCUUCAAUUUUUAGCGACAACUAGUAGCCGAGAAGCACGAGGCAGCCUUGAAGCCCGGAUAUCUUGGACCGUUGGGCUGAACACGGACACGAGCAGGGGAUCGUUGAGGGGUGUCAAUGAUGGACACGACGAGAAGACGUUCACAUUGCCAGCAGCCUGCGACAACUUGGAAGUGCCAGUGCUCUGAGUAAGACGGGAAGGGGAAGUGAAGGAAUCGUAGGAGCAACCCCGCUGUCGAUGG